CAAGAACCCCGAUUCUAGCUUUAUUCUUGAGAGUAAUUUCCCCUCGCUUCUGUAUAUGAUUCCGACUGGGUUGUCUGAUUCUAAGCAUCCGGAAUGGGGCUCUUGGGGCGGUCGGUAUGGGCCUGUGGCUUUUGGAGAGGGUCAUUUCGCUGAUAGUGUUGGUACGGUUGUUGACGAGUCGGGACGUAUGCUUAUGGGGUCACAUGUCACGGUGUGGAGACGGCAAGAGGCGUCGUUUCAGCGGGACUUUGCUGCUCGCAUGAAAUGGCUUACAGUUUCUGAGUUUUCUGGGGCGAACCAUGCUCCUGUCGCUGUUGUUAAUGGCGACAAAAGUCGCCGGCGUACUGAAAUCACGGUAGAGCCAGGACAGGAGAUUAUGCCUGAAGCCGUGGAUUCAUGCGAUCCUGACGGUGACAGCCUGUCAUUCAAGUGGUGGGAGUACUUUGGACCUUCGUCCAAUAACAGAAAUGCGAGGAGGGAUGUCGCUGAGCUUGCACUCAGCUCGGAAGGCGCUGCGAGAAUUACUGUGAUGAUUUCACCAGCCGAAAUUUUGCGGCGCAGAGGUCGUAACACUCACCGGGAGAGUGACAAGCGCUUACAUCUCAUCUUGGAAGUUUCGGAUGGGAACCUGAUUUCCUGCCGUGGGGUCGUCUUUACGAUUGUUCCGGGUUUUGUAUCCGCAAACGGGGAGCAAAAUCAUGAUGAACCGUAAGUAUGGCGAGUGAAUCGGAUCCUUGGGGAAAGGGGCAGAUGUAUACGAAGUAUCAUGGUUCACACUGAUAGAGCGCGUCAUGGAUAUUCAACAUUCGCACUGAAGCCACGUGGGUUCAAAGGUUGACAACCGUCAGGACACAAAAUAUACAAACUGGGAGAACAAGGUGUUAUCUAUUAUAUCAGUCGCAGAGAAAGAACGUGAGAUUGCACCGGUUCUUGUUCUAGCUGUUUCUCAUAAUACUCAUGACUUUCAUUCACUGACCGUGGCCGAUCUUUCAAACCCGUCUCUACUCUCCAUGGGCCCUUCAAUCACACAUCCAUGCGGUCUCGAUUCACUACGUCUCCCUCUUUUCCACAGCCUGAAUACUCGUUGCCAUAACUGAGUCACCCGCUAGAGUCGUCAAGCUCUCU